UUUCAUUUUUUCCUCCCUCCUCCACCAAUUCAGGCUCUCUACCUUUGUAAUUUUUGAUAUGCUCCCGAAUCGCAUCCCUUGCGUUCCUUGGUAGUUCAAAUUCUUCGUCAUGAUUACUCUGGUUCCUCCAGUUCCAGGCGAACCAACAACAAGUUGCAAAUAAUUCUGGCCAUUGUAUUUCUUCCGGGUUCUGUCCUUUUAUCAUUAUGUUGUUUCGUAACCAGCUUGCCCAAUCCAUUCUGAAAAAUCCGCGUUUCAGUUUAUCUGGAAUGAUGGUUUUCCAAAUUUCUGCUAUUUUGCUGCAGUCUCUCAAGGCAUGGAUCAAGUCUUCUUUGGCUUGAAGACAAAUUAUGCACCUAUCACUUUCUCCAUUCCAUUUACUCGAGGUUCCUUUUGUGGGGAGCCUAUUAUGGGAAGCUCUCCAUAUAAAAAUUCUUAUCCUUUCCGGCACUUGGAGCUUCCAUAUCUUCUGCCAAUACUGUUUAUUUGUGGCCCCAGGGAGUUCAUUGAGCUUUUUGUAAGCACUUGCUAUGGAGAAGUCUCCUUUCAUGUCAGGUUUCCACCGUCUUGCAUCUUCCUCUUGUGGAUUCAACCUCGGCAGUGGUUGAAUCUUCCUUCUAAUAUCCUCAAGCGGAAAAGACGCUGCAAUAGUGGGGAUACACGCCCACCUUUGGGGAGAUAUGGUCGAGUCUAUACAGGCCUCGAGAUGGGUCUCUUAUGUCGGAUGAGGUUGAGAAGAUGGCGGCGUGGAUAA